AUGUUGAGUGUUGGAAAACACGAAGGACUAUGCUCUUUUGAACAGGUCAAGGAUAUAUACGUGAGCGCGGAGAGCUUUUCAUUGGAGAACGGUUUAUUGACACCGACAUUGAAAAGUAAACGAGUGGAACUGAAGAAACGUUUUGCAGCGCAGCUAUCUCAGAUGUAUGCGAAACUUCAGUGA